CCCUAAGCUGCUUAGUCGACUGGAACUUAGCUCGCAGGAAGGGGGACUCUUCAACCCAUCGUGUUUAGAGAAGCGGCCAUGAGAAACCUGGUGGCAGCAAUCACGGUAGCGCUGGCGACACUGUCGGCCUUGGCUUCGGCUUCGAAUCUGAUCAAUAACGGAUAUGAAGAUUUGGUCGUGGCCAUUUCUCCCUCCGUGGAUGAAUCGAACGCAGAGGCCAUCAUCGCGUCUAUUAAGAAAACGAUACGAGAGACCUCCACCGUGUUGUUCACAGCGACCCGUAAAAGAGCCUACUUCAGAGACGUGAAAAUUCUCCUGCCGAAGACGUGGACCAACACGCCCUAUGAUGAAGCAGCUCUCAACGAAAAUUUCGAGGACAGCGAGAUUCGAGUAGACGCGAGGAACGUGGUGUACGGCGACCAGCCCUACACCGAUCAGCCAGGAGGUUGUGGUGUUCCUGGCCGGUACAUUCACCUUACUCCGGAGUACCUGACUGACGACUCCGCUGCAGCCUGGUGGGGUCCGCGCAACAAAACUCUGGUGCACGAAUGGGCCAAGCUGAGAUGGGGGGUGUUUGACGAGAUCGGAUACCCUCACGACCCGACCUUCCCACUCUUCUACUGGAACACACAAAUAACAGCUGACGGCAUAGAGGAUGUGGUUAUUCCGAACUACUGCGCCAACGAGAACUUAGUUGAAGUUUUUAGAAGGACACAUCAAGCAAGCAUAUCCGCAAGCACCUGCAAUAGCAACAAGGACAUUGUCAGCCGAGGAGGAUGCAGUUUCAAGAGCGGAUUCCCCGACGAAAACUGUCGCUUCCUUCCGAGUGAAGAUCAGGAUGCCACGUCUUCACUUAUGGCCUAUUACUACCUCAAUAGCAUCGUGGAAUUCUGCGACAGUGCCAGCGACGAGAAGUUUUCGCACAACGACUUGGCUCCCAACAGACACAACCUCAUGUGCGACAGUCGCUCGGUCUGGGACGUUAUCAGCCAGCAUUCGGACUUUGCUAACGGAGCUUUUUACAAAAUUUACCAAAACCCGCUCAUCGCACUCCCCCCCCCCCCCCCCCACCAUCACCAGGAACCCGCCCACCAACGCCCCACGCCCACGACCGUCACCGUUCUGCGACAGGAGGAGGCCAAGUUCUGCCUGGUUCUCGACUACUCGCGCAGCAUGGACACCUCGCAGCGGAUCGAGAAGCUGCAGAGGACGGCGCAGCGGUGGAUCCUGCACGAGGUGGCGCAGGGAAGCUUCGUGGGCAUCGUCAAGUUCUGGUGGGUUGCUCUUCUCGGGGGUGUAGCUGGGUAUGGGGACGGCCAAAAUGACCUCCAACAUCACCGAAAUCACGGACCAAGCCUUCGUCAGGAUCUCGCGAACCUUAUCGACAGGAAUCUCGGAGCCUCCACCAGCAUCGGCGCCGGACUCUCGCUCGCCGUCAAUCAGGUUUUGGUUGGGCAGAAGAACCCCGUGAUCGUGCUGGUCACAGACGGGGCGGAGAACAAGAAGCCUUACAUAUCCGACGUGAGAGACAGGGUGAUCAGCUCGGGUGCGAGAGUCGUGACUAUUGCCUUCGGAGAAGCAGCGGACCCCAACCUCGAGAGCUUGGCUGAGGCGACGGGAGGGAAGAGCUUUACCGUGGUGGAUGCCGACGACGGAGGGAUGUUGGACGACGCUUUCCUGGGGUCUCUCACGUACCAGCCGGGAGAGAAGCUUACCGACACGAAAGUCCAGAUCUACGAGUACGACUACGAGGGCAAGCAAACGCUCCUCAACGAGACCUUCUCCGUGGACGCCUCCGUCGGCCGCGACCUGGAGUUCCGCCUCGACGCCAGCGACGCCAGCCACGUCACGUCGGCGCCCGUGCUUCGUCGGCCCAACGGCACCGAGGUCGCGGCGCCAGCCUCGACGCCGGGAUCAGCAUCGUGGAGGGCGGGCGUGUCCGGCAACAGCAACGAGUACAUCCGCGUGGGGGUCACGGCGAAGGCGAGAGACCCGGAGACCAUGCCCAUCUACACUCGAUCCUGGUUGAGUGACACGGAGGACGUGGACGCCGCUGUGAACCCCAUCAUCGUCUACGCCGAGGUCAAGCAAGGCAAUAACCCGGUUGUGGGCGCUCGCGUGAGGGCGUCCGUGACUCAGCCCUCCACGACAGCGGCGGCCGUCGAGUUGGACCUCCUGGACAAUGGCCAAGGAGCCGAUACUCAGGCUGGCGAUGGGGUUUACUCACGGUAUCUCACUGUUUACUCAACCACGGGGAGGUAUGCGGUCAAGGCGCAGGUGUGGGACGACGGCAGCGCCUUCGUCAACAACGGCUUCACGACAUCUCGCAGACGGCAUCCGCGCUCCCUCCGUCUCUCCCCCUGGACACGCCCACCUACUGCUGCGGAAGCGUUGUGCCGAUGGACCCCGAUUUGGCCACGCCCACGGGGAGCUUCAGCCGGUCAGCCAGCGGCGGAUCCUUCAGGUCUUCGGUCUUGCGAAGCGACUUCGGUGCCGUCGGGUGAUGUGCUUCCGCCGGCGCGCGUGACUGACCUGCAGAGCGAAGUGAAGUCCUCCGUCCUCACUCUCACGUGGACUGCUUCAGGGGAUGACUUCGAUUCCGGAAUUGUCUCUGGCUACGAGAUUCGCCUGAGCGCCAACCGAAGCCAGCUCCGCGAGGACACCUUCGACAGCGCCGAGAACGAGACCCUUCUCCUGUCCCUCGAGGAGUCCAUGGCCAUGCCGGAGUUGCUCCUCGAAGCCGGGCAGAAGGUGGAGCUUAACUUCACGUUCGGAGAUGAGAUGGAGAUGGAUAAGUUCUAUUUCGUGGCGCUCAGGGCCGUGGACGACGGGGGCAGCAUGAGCCCCGUCUCGAACCUCGCGUCCGCCGUGUCCAGCAGCCCCCCCUCAGAGCCUGAAGGUCUGGAAGGCUGGGCCAUCGCUCUCAUCGUCAUCGGCUGCCUGGUGGCGGUGGCGGCCAUCGUCGGAGGGCUGUUCUACGCCAAGAAGAAGGAUUUGUUCUGAUGUAUAUGUAAUUUUUAGAAGGGAGAAAAGGAGGGGAUCUGAAUCGUCUCAGUUAAAAAGGGGGUUGUGAUUCGGUUUAGUUUGUUAAAAGUUUCGAGAUAAUAUAUGUUUAUUACUGCUUAUUCAAAGUUACCCAUCCGUAGUACAAAACAUACCCUCGCAUUGCUGUUUAUGAUACAAUAAAUUAAU